GUUAUGUUCAUCCGUUAUAGAUAUUAUUCAAGUUUCCUAAUUAGGCAACGGUGAUUGCUGAAUUUGGUUUCACAUUCAGAACUGCCGGAUUUGGAAUGCUAUAAUAAACGCAAGUAGAUAAGCGUGCAAGUCCUCUUCAUACCCUCAAGGCUACAUUCUUGAGUCCCGUUCCAUUCUCAUUCCAGGUCCAAGGAGCCUAAAAUUAGGACAAAGACACUCAUCAAGAUAAACAAUGAGCUCCGUAGUAAUAGCUGCACUAUUAACAGUGACCGCUUUGGUGGAUAGUUCUGUCAUCACGAGAAGUCAGGUAAUAUCGAGCCUGCAGAGACUGAAGCACAUGUUUAACAACAUCACACACCUCAUCCAUUCUGUGACAGCAAUCAGAGGGAAGCUGACGAUAAACUCAGUUGGAAGGCUGUUGACAUAUACGCCAUUCAAGACAACGGCAAAGCAAAUACUACCUGUAUCAGAGAGACAGAGACUGCGGACGACUGCGAUAAAGAGAUCCCGACGUAUACAAACUAUGCUGAACCAAAAGCCGAGCCGGACGAUACCAGCGGUAGAUAACAUGCGUAUCAACAUGCUGGAAACGAACCUAAUCAAGCAGGUAUUUGCUUAGGAUCUGUAUGAUGCUUAUACUACAAUUGAACAACUGGCUUUUGUAUCAACUGUCCUUUAUACACCAUUUCUUUUAUCUAGCCUUUGAGCAGCUGGAGCGUGUGGGCGUGAACGCUACAGGAUGUGCUCUAUAAAAUAUACAAAAGGCCUCUAGUUAUGUAUUUAAUCUUGAGAUUUUUUAAUUUCUGAGAUAGACGUUAAAGAAUGU